CUGCAAAACUCUUAUAAAAAGAUUGAAAGAAAAUUAAGUCCUGAUACUGCCUGUCAUUGUUUGGAAUCAAAAACUACUUAUGAUGAGAAAGCUUUCAAAUGGAAACUGAAUGAAGAUGCAAUGGCUACUGAAAAGCUUGCUGAAGGAAUUAGGCAAUUUGCCAAAGACGGCAAAAACUUAUUGUCUAUGUUAAGGCAACGUUUAAUUAAUGAAGCUGCAAUGGUUAAUGAAAGUAUUGAAUUGUUUGUUCAACCUUUUCAAGAUGUUUAA